AUGUCCUUCUUAACAAGCAGACUACCUCUGAAGGCUAUCCAACUCAGUCGAGCAUUACUACGACCAGCAGCACUCGCUUCAGCACCUGCCUUCCGGUCAGACCCAACACACUUAACCAACUUCAACAAGCACAACCGACAUCUCACCACCGGCUCAACCCUCAAAAUGCCUGAACAACUUAGCAAAUCCGAAGUGACCUCGAAGACCGACCCCUCCGUCGCGAAGCAAUGGGACAACGAGACACCAAUGUCUGAGCAGGUGUCCGACCUGUACUCCCUGAUCGACUCCCUUAAACUCUGCAUGUUCACCACCACGCGUCCCAAUGUCGGCCCCGUUUCUCGCGCCAUGGCCCUCGCCAAGCGCUCCGGGCCCGAUCUUCUCUUCCUCGCCAACACGCACUCCGACAAAUUCUCCGACCUAGAUUCCAAAAAGACCGUUCUGGUGACAUUCAGUGACAGCACGUCGAAGGGAUGGGUUUCCAUCACGGGUGAAGCCACUACGGUCGACAACAGCGACCCAAGGAUCAAGGACAUCUACUCGCCUACUGUAUCAGCGUGGUUCGGAGACUUGGGUGACGGAAAGCACGAUGGCAGUUAUAAUGACCCCCGAAUGGCUCUCAUUGAGGUCAAGACGACGUAUGUGAGCUACUGGAAGAAGACGACGGGCACGCUGGGCUUCUUGAAGGAGGUCGGACAGGCGGCGUUGACUGGGUCGGUCGCUCAGCCGGGGCUGAGUCGGCGCUUGGAAGGGGAUGUCUUGGAGCAGGAGAGGAGCAAGGCUUGA